UUAUAGGCAUAAACCUGUAUAUCAUUAAUGAAAUUUUUUUUGUCAAAAAUUGGUGAGUUGAUGAGUACAGUUUUUUCUUCAGGCUUUUCUUCUAUGUUUUAACUGUAAUGGUCUAUUUUUCUCAUAUUUUAUCUAUUUUAUAGCUUACUAAGGAAUAGCAGCUAUGGCUUUAUCUAAGGAAAACAUUAACGUAGAAAAAGAAAGUAAUUCAACUCACAUAACAACUGCCAAGAAGAGAAGAAUAAGACGGAAAAAGUUAAGAGCAGCAAAAGCCUUAAACAGUCUGAAAAUUGAUAGUUGUCUUGAUAUAAAUACACAAGAAUAUAUUAAACCUAUUGAUGAGAAAAUUGUGCCUAAAAUCUCACAAGUUACUUGUAACAAAAAAAAAUUAGAGGUUUCAUUGAAAAAUACUAGUGUAGAAGAUAAAACUGAAAAAAUGUCUUCUAAAAAUGGUUUGGAGAAAUCAAGAGAAGAUGUACUGGCAGCAAGGGAAGCGAAAAAGUUGGCUAAACAAAAAGCAAAAUUAAAAAAUAAUGUAAAUAAAGAUAAUGUCCCUAAAAUGGAAAAUGUCCAAUCACCUGUCGCCAAUAAUGCUGACAAUAAAAAAGAAGUACCUGCUACUAGUAACAACAGCAGUACAAAUACUCCUAAAACUCCUGCAAAAAAAGAAAAUUCAGAGAUAACAUCUACAGCAAAAGUUGAACCACCUAAAAGUAAAGAUGAAGUUGACAAGGCUGUAAUUAGAACUGAAAAUGUAGAUUUAGAUGCAGAUAAAACUAAAGAGCUUAUAAAAGCUGAAAGAGCCGCUAAGAAGGCAGCUAAACAAGCUAAGAAGAAACCAGCAGGAGAUAGUGAAGUGAAACCGACAGUAGUUGCACAAACAGAUUUAACUGUUAAAGAUGUAGUCAACACACUUAAGGAUAUUGUAAAUGUUGCUAAAGAGGUACAAGCUGUAACUGAUAAAGUUAUAGCUAUUGACUUUUCUACUAAAAAGACUGAAGAAACAACUAAAUCAAAAGCAGAAUUAAGAGCAGAGAGACGUGCAAAGCAAGAAGCACAAAGGACAGCGAAACAAGCUGCGCAGCAGCAAAAAGCUUUAGAAAUAAAAAGAGAACAACAAAAUAAGCAAAUCGAAAAACCUAAAGAAUCAAGCAAACCAAAGAUAUUAGAAAAAUCGAAACCGAAGCCACAUAGUACGCAGAAAGUAAACUGGUUCCAACACCUGUACACGGAACAUGACAAUGAAUCUCUUAAACAAAUGGCUAUUAACUCAAAUUUACAUCCAGCGGUCAUAAAACUGGGUGUUCAGUUAGCAUCUCGUGUUGUGACAGGAUCUAAUGCAAGGUGUAUAGCAUUGUUAGAUGCAUUGAAGAAGAUGGUGAGAGACUACAGCCUCCCAGCGAAGACAGAAUUUGCUAGGGGACUAGAAGAACAGCUAGCAGCUAGCUUGGAAUUUCUGUGGUCAGUGCGACCACCCGCCGCUUCACAAACCAACGCCAUCAAGUCAUUUCGUCACCAACUCACACAGUUGCCCAACAACGUGGAUGAGUUUGAUGCAAAGAAGAGGCUUCAAGAGGAGAUUGACAGAUACAUUCGUGAACAAAUAGAUAUGGCGGGCGAGGCUAUAAGUAUAGCUGUACGCAACAAGAUUUCUACGGAUGAUAAUAUACUCACUUAUGGAUGCUCGUCCCUGAUCGAGCGCAUCCUGUGCGACGCGCACGCGGCCGGCGUGUCGUUCCGCGCCAUCGUGCUGGGCACGCGGCUGCAGCGCGGCGCCACGGAGAUGCUGCGGCGCCUGCUCGCGCGCGGCGUGCGCUGCUCCUACGCCGACAUCUCCGCGCUCAGCUACCUCAUGCGAGACGUGAACAAGGUGGUGGUGGGCGCGGCGUCGCUGCUGGCCAACGGCGCGGUGCUGGCGCCGGCCGGCACGCUGCCGCUGGCGCUGGCGGCGCGCGCGCACAACGUGCCGCUGCUGGUGGCGUGCGAGACGCACAAGUUCGCCGACACCGUGCAGACCGACGCCUUCGUGCACAACGAGAUCGGUGAUCCAGACGAUCUGAUCGAUAAAACUGAUGAAAAUUCACCUCUGAAAGACUGGCGGUCGAACCCUAAUUUGACGCUUUUGAACGUGAUGUAUGACGUCACGCCGUCGAGUCUCGUCACCGCUGUUGUGACCGAGCUGGCAAUAUUGCCUUGCACAAGCGCUCCCGUCGUCCUACGUUUCAAAUUAUCUGAAUACGGACUGUAAACCGCCUAGUAGUGUUUCUGACAGAUGUUCUCAAAACUUCUGACUUAAAAUUCUAUCAAUGUGAGUAGCCUAUACAAGAAAUGUUGAUUCUUAUUAUAAAACAAAUUGGCGAAAAUUUAAUUUGCUGUUACAGACUGAUAUAGUUGUUCAUUGUCAAAUAAUGGACUAAAUGAUUUAUUGAAAAUAUGCUUUGCCAUUAUGAUGAUAUUAAAUUGGUUUAAGAGCUAUGUUUACCUAUUAUCUUUGUUUCUUAAAAAUAUGCCUUAUGUAAUUAAUGUGUGACCAUUUUGUAAAUAACAUCAAAAAAUAUUUAAUUUGAUGCUCAAAGUUAAUAAUAGUUUAUAUUAUUGUACAUAGCUUAUAUGUAAAUGUAAUUCUUUAAAUAAAGUCUUUUAUACCAUA